UUUUCAUCGGCGCCGCUUCCCACAAUCCCCUGCGAUCUGACGUGACUUCCGAAACCUGGAAGUGACGUCUCCAUUACCCAUCAGUGCCUGUGGUAUUGGCUUCUUGUUGUUGCAGCUCGUACCAGCUCUAAAACAUUUUAUAAAGAGGGCUAAUCCACUACUAAGGUGGAGAGCAAGUCGUCAAUAUGGGUGAAAGAAAAGGAACAAACAAGUACUACCCUCCAGAUUUUGACCCGGCCAAGCAUGGAUCUCUCAAUGGCUACCACAAAACUCACCCUCUGCGAGAGAGGGCAAGAAAACUGUCCCAGGGUAUCCUCAUUAUCAGGUUUGAGAUGCCCUACAACAUCUGGUGUGAUGGCUGCAAGAAUCACAUCGGCAUGGGGGUACGCUACAAUGCCGAGAAAAAGAAAGUGGGGAACUACUACACCACGCCAAUCUACAGGUUUAGGAUGAAGUGCCACCUGUGUGUCAACUACAUCGAGAUGCAGACGGACCCAGCCACCUGUGACUACGUGAUAGUGAGCGGGGCGAGCAGGAAGGAGGAACGCUGGGACAUGGCCGACAACGAGCAGAUCCUCACCACAGAGCGGACAGAGAAGGAGAAGCUGGAGACAGAUGCCAUGUACAAGCUCGACCACAGCGGCAAAGACAAGGAGAAGCUGAAGAAAGCUCUGCCCUCGCUGUCGGAGAUCCAGGACCACCAGGCCGGCUGGAAGGAUGACUUUCAGCUCAACAGCUCCCUCCGCAGGAAGUUCAGGUCGGAGAAGAAAGUUCUGGCCGAGCAGGAGGAGAAGGACAACGCGGUGAGGAUGAGGACCAACCUGUCCAUCCCGCUGCUGCCAGAGAAGGACGAGGACAAGAAACUUGCGGCACUGCUCACCUACCAGGCACCUGACUCCUACGAGGACAGGCAGCACAGCAAGCGGAAGGAGAUCUCCUCUCGCUCGUGGUUCUCGUCUCCAUCUGCGCCAGCGGGGGGCGCCGCAGGCAGUCUGCUCCACAAGCUGGGGCUGCAGGGGAAAGGAGCAGCGGUGGCCAAAGCCCUGGGGCCCUCGUCCUCGAGCCCCCUGAUCCGCAGACGCUCAGAGGCAUCGGGAAGCAAAAGCGAACCGUGUGCCACCGUCACCCGCAGGAAGUCCAACCCUGAGAUCAACACACAAGAGUGCGCCGUUUCUGAGGUCACACACACGGAGCAAGGCUCAAAUAUGGGACAAAAAGUCACAGAGACAAAUGAGAGUGCGUCCAAGGAGACAAAUGGUGGCACCACAGAGGAAGACAGCAAGGAAUUGACAAGAGUGGAGGACUUUGGGAAGGAAAAGGAGCAGGACAGAAGUUUUGGAGGUGGCACAUCUCUGGUGGCGGACUACAGCGACUCAGACUCAGAUCCUGGUCUCUGAAGCUGCUCUCUUUCAAAAAAAACAAAAAAAAAAACAAUACUGCUUCUGUUUUUAGUUCAUGAAAUAUAC